AUGGCCGACAGAUACUCUUUCUCCCUCACCACCUUCUCCCCAAGCGGGAAGCUUGUUCAGAUCGAAUAUGCAUUGAACGCGGUCAACCAAGGCGUAACUGCCCUCGGAAUCAAAGCUACGAAUGGAAUCGUCUUGGCUACUGAAAAGAAAUCCUCCUCUCCUUUGAUUGACCCUCCUUCCCUCUCCAAGAUCUCCGUCGUCACACCCGACAUUGGCAUGGUCUAUGCUGGCAUGAGCCCCGACUACCGAGUGCUCGUCGACAAGGCCCGCAAGGUCUCUCACACCGGCUACAAGCGUAUCUAUAACGAAUACCCACCAACCCGGAUAUUAGUGCAGGAUGUUGCUCGCGUUGUGCAAGAGGCAACCCAGUCUGGUGGUGUCCGACCAUAUGGUGUCAGCUUGCUGAUGGCGGGUUGGGACGAUGGUGUUGAACCCGAGUCCGAGCAGGCUGACGAGGAAGAUGAGGACGAACCCAAGAAGGCCACAGGAAAGACAGGCGGUACCCUAAAGGGAGGACCCAGCUUAUACCAGGUCGACCCCAGCGGCAGCUAUUACCCAUGGAAGGCCACGGCCAUCGGAAAGCAUGCCACGAGUGCAAAGACGUUCCUUGAGAAACGUUACACCGAAGGGCUUGAGCUUGAGGACGCCAUCCACAUUGCUCUUCUGACCUUGAAGGAGACAAUCGAGGGUGAGAUGAAUGGUGACACGAUAGAAAUUGGUAUCGUCGGACCUCCCGCCGACCAUCUACUCGGCUACGAAGGUGUUGAGGGAGCCCGUGGCCCUAGGUUUAGAAAUUUGACGAAAGAGGAGAUCGAAGACUACCUGACCAGUCUGUGA